AUGUUCAAAAACACAUUUCAGUCUGGCUUCUUAUCAAUUCUCUAUAGCAUUGGAAGCAAGCCAUUGCAGAUUUGGGACAAGAGUGUAAGAAACGGCCAUAUAAAGCGUAUUACAGACUCCGAUAUUCAAAGUUCAGUGCUAGAAAUAAUGGGCACAAACGUAAGCACAACAUUUAUCACAUGUCCAGCAGAUCCGAAUCAAACCUUAGGUAUAAAACUACCUUUCUUAGUCAUGAUCAUUAAGAAUCUCAAAAAGUACUUCACAUUUGAAGUCCAAGUACUUGAUGACAAAAGCAUCCCUCUGCUGGUGGACUUUGCCUCUUCUUAAAAAGCUUUUUUCCCUUCUAGCAUGGCUUUUUUCCCGUUGCAUAUCUGACUAUGGGUUCCCUGCAGAUGGCCAAGGCAGCAUGACUGGUGCAGAAUCCACUUAUGCUGAAAAGGAGCAAGUGGUGAGUAAGUCUCGAACCUAUUGACUCUAACGGCAUUGGCCGUUCACGUGCCAUCAGCAACAACCAGAGAGGAGGACUUUGGAACUGGAGGAUGUGAACCGGACAGUGACUCUGGCCGUAGCUAAGCUGCCUUGCAACGGCAUCGGAUAAGCUCGAUUAAAUCAGAUAGGUAUACUGACCAGAAUUCUGAUCUGAAAUUAAGUAACUAUAACUAUAAAGAUGACAAAAACAUCCGAAGACGAUUCAGGGCAUCCAACUAUCAAAGCACCACACGAGUAAAGCCAUUCAUAUGCACCAUGCCAAUGAGGCUUGACGAAGGAUGGAACCAAAUCCAAUUCAACUUAUCAGAUUUCACAAGAAGAGCUUAUGGGACGAACUAUAUAGAAACUUUAAGGGUGCAAAUACAUGCCAACUGCAGAAUGAGAAGAAUUUAUUUCUCUGACAGACUCUACUCAGAAGAAGAACUGCCGCCAGAGUUCAAAUUGUUUUUACCACUCCAGAAGCAAGCUUAA